GAGAUUUCGCUUCGCUGCCAGACGCAGACCCCCAGUCGUUUGCUGAUCGCGGUUCGUCAUCCGCGUCUACCUCUCUGCACCUUGAGAAAGUGUGUGACCCCCUAUCCACCUCCUAUCAGUUCGUUUGUUCGUCUGUCCGUUCAUCCGUGUUCCGCUGUCGUCUUCCAUAUAGGAUUCCAUUGCGAUAAGAAUCGAUCACACAGCAUCGAUCGAGCGAGAGUUCGGAAGAAUUGUACGUGAGAUUACGGGUCUUUUCCCGUAGCUUGGAUGCACCACAAAACCAGAACAAAAUCGCGAGAGAAUUUUUCGCGGGUGGUGAGAGUGUGUGUGGUGAAUGGUGAAAAACUCCAUUGACAGCGCCAACCAGUGCGAAUGCUGACGCUCGUUCGCUCGUGAAUGAGUUCUGAAUUUGAAGGUUAAAUCCAUUGUUUUGGCGAUCGUACGGGUGACAUCAAAACAAAAACAGAAACCGGAGAAUAAUGUGAAUAAUUUGGAAUGCAGUUCCAAAGUGCUAAUCAAAGCCGCAUCCGUUCGGGGGUGGAAGCAAAAACGAGUGCUUAAUAGUGACCAAAUCGAGUGAAUGACAGUGCUUUGUGUGAUCGCGAGAAAAAAAACCUUCACGAAGAAUCGCGGAAUUGCGGUCACUCCUUCUUGAGACGACUUCCGCCGUCACAGUCAAAAAACGUCGAUUUGUACACGAUCGAAGUAGGCGAGACGCGAACGAACAGAGCGCAAAAGCCACAAAUCGAUUUUACGUUCCCGAGGGAAGAGCUCCGGUGAAGAAAUUCCUCUUGACCAAUCUCGUUUUUUUCCGUUUUCAACCAGCUCUUUUUUCUUCUACUGCGGGAGAGUGUCGCAACUGUGGUGUGUGUUGGUGAACCGAAGAAGUUACAAGACAACGCGACCGGAGGAGGUUCGUCGCCGCCACCUUGAAGACAAAUUCUUCUUUCGACACAACAGCAACAACAGCAAAACGAGAAGAGACGCAAACAGAGAGCAGGAAAAAAAGUAGUCGACGUCUCGGUCUCGGUUGAGUGACCUGGCAACACUAGCAGCGCACAGCAGUAUAGUGUGGCUCCGAAAUUGAUUGACCCCGAAAGGGCCCUACUUUGUUGGGUGGUGAUUUUCUGGUUUUUACUUAAGUGGCGACGUGGUGAUUUCGCAAAACGAAGUGCAAUUGUUUUCGACCCGAAAAUUAGAGCCGACGACGUUCUUUUCAUUUCUGGCAGUUGGUGAAAAUAAGUUGGAAAAAAAAUCUCCUGAACUGCUUAGAGGCAGUGAGCUCAGACGAAGAAUACUCGGAGCAGGGGUUUUUGUUGAGCUGAACGAAGUCUUGUGAAUUUUCCUGCAGGAAAAUACAUGAAAGAUUUACUAGUGAAUUCGAAGAAGAAACGUUACACUGUUUAGUAGGCGAAGCAAGCGGAUUAAUUCAGGAGAAGAAGGAGCGCGCAAUCAUCAUCUUUAAGAAAUCAGCACGAAUGUUAUGGAACUGCGCACGAUGACUACUCCGAAGCAACAGCGCGAGGAUCGAAGAUACUCGGUACCACACGGAAUGCACGGCUCGCUACCACCGGGCGCAGCGGAUGAUUUGCACGCAUGGUCCAUCUACCGACAAAAUCUCAACUCAGACUUUGCCGACUCGGCCCUCGGCUCCUCGGACAAAUCGCCACAGCCGUACAGUCCACAGCACCGCAGCAAUGGCUACCGGGACGAUCAGGCCAUCUCCAAUCACCCGCGCUACGGCGGACCCAAAUCGAACCCGUUGAACUCCAACAUGUACACCUACCUCAAGUUCGGCCUUCCGCGGGUAUUUCCACCGAAUGGUGGUGGUGGAGGAGGAGGAGGAGGAGGAGGCGGUGGUGGUCGUGGCCGUAACUCGUCCAAGGCAAACGGCCGAGGACGGGUGAACCGCGGCUACCGGGACAGUACCGGUCCGGGGCCGGGGUCUUCCGGGUACGAUAGCAGCGAUAACGAAACCCACCGCGGUAGAGUGCCAGCUAAUUUAAGAAAAUAUCGUAGUGAAUCGGAUUUCCGUGCAAUUGGAGCAACAACCACCUCGCGGCCAAACUCGAGAGCUCAGGGCAUUCCGCUAGCGGCCCUGAAGCAGGCCAACAGCCGGGCCAGUAUAGCGGGGACCCACGUGUACAAUCCCUACGCCACCAAUCAACGGCAUCACAAUCUGCGGUCGCAGAGUGAGGCGGACCUGCUUGCCGAGUGGGACUACGAUGAGUCUCCGGUCUACGGCGAGACUCGACUCUACCCGGAGGAAAUCUACAACACACAAAGCAGACGGCAUUCGAUAGCGGGUCUUGUUUAUCCCAACAUUCAGGUACACUGUUUGGACGUUCUACCGGGGAUGCGAGGCGUUUCACUGCAGGCAAAGGCCGGCGACCUGUUCGCCAUCAUGGCUACUUCACAACGGGAGGGAACGGCGCUGGUGGAAGCACUGGCUGGUGUUCGGCAACGUUUGAGCGGAGAGAUCCUGGUCAAUGGUCAGCAGGUAAAUCGGCGUAUUCUGAGGCAGUUGUGCGGAUACGUUCCGGCGUUGGAGCGGGCACCUCUAGAUCCCAGGAUGAGCGUCCAGAGUACCUUGUCGUUCCAUGCAGCCCUUCGAGGUCCGUACGACCGCAGUGACCUCAAGGAACGUGUCGACAUCUUGGUGGAGGACCUUGGACUCACCGCCGUUCGCUCCGCCAACGUCAGCCGUCUGACCCAUUCGGAAAAGCAAAGACUGAACGUGGCCUGCCAACUGCUGACACAAUCCUCGAUACUGCUCCUGGAUCAGACUACGGUCAACAUGGAUAUCUUCGAUACGUUCUUCCUGGUGGAAUAUCUCCGCCAGUGGUGCAGUGCUGGCCGCAUGGUUAUCAUGACCCUACAACCGCCGACGUUCGAGAUCCUUUCCAUGUGCUCCGGCGUACUGUUGCUGUCCGGAGGCCGAACCGUAUACUCAGGAAGCCGAGCGGAUCUUCCACGACACAUGGGCCAGCUGGGUUAUCCUUGUCCACCGUUCAAAAAUCCCGCCGACUACUACCUGGACUUGGUAACUCUGGAUGAUCUGUCGGCAGCAGCCCUGCUGGAAUCAUCCGCUCGAAUCGAAUCACUAGCCAACUCGUGGGAUCACGUUAACUCGGAAGCACCACUCGCAGCUCCUGUUGCCAAUCUGCCAGAACCAACCCGCAGUGCCGGGUUCUUCGGACAAAUCCACGCCCUUGCUAAGAGGUACAUGUCAUACAAACAACCGGGAUCGCUUCUGAACUGGAUCUGCCGAUUGAUCCUGGCUGCCGUCCUGUCACUGCUCAUCGGAUGCAUCUUUUGGGACGUUCCGGCCUCCGAUCCUCAGCUGAACCUCAACGAUCGACUCGGCUUCCUCCACUGUAUCCUAAUGGUGUCCCUGUGGCCCCUGCUGAUCCUCCAAAUUCGAGACAUACAGGAGGACCGGCAGCAUGCCGAGAAGGACCUCCGGCUAAGUCUGUACGGAAGAUUUCUAUAUAUCAUUAUUCAGACGACGCUCAGCGUCCUUCCCAGUCUCUGCAUAUGGCUGGCCUAUCUCCUUCCGGCACACAGUAUGGCCGGCCUGUACGCGUCGCCGAGUAACAACGACACGAUUAUUUACAUUUACAUGGGUUACCUGCUACUCUACCUCAUGGCCAUACAAACGAUAGUGCUCUUCGUGGCGCACCUGGUGUCGUGCGGAAUCUCCGGUACCAUACUGACCACCCUGGUAAUGCUGCUCCUGUCCGCGGUCGGUGGUUACUCCAUCCAUCCGCGGAACGUGCCGGACUACCUGCAGUGGGGCGAGAUCAUCUCGCCGGAGAAGUGGAUCCUGCCGUUGCUCACCGAGCAAGAGUACAGCGUGGAAACGAUCGCCAUGCAAACCAGCCAGCAGAUGUGCCGGAACAAACAAGUUCAACACCAGGAGAUCAUCGUCCAGCAGCCGUGCCCCCCGCCGAACGGAACGGCCGUCCUGGUCGAUCACCUCCUGCUGCCGCAGGAUCACGUCCUCGAUCCGACCGACAUGUACUCCUCGACGGUGCUCGGCCUUCUGCUGACCUGUAUCGUCUUCUUCGCCCUGUCCAUGUUCGUAUUCCUGACCAACUGCCGAAAUGUGUGCCGGAGUCGAGUCGAUCGACGGCAGAAGCGGAUCUGAGCAAAGCAGCAACAGCAGCAGCCACAAACACACACAACACAACAGCAGCCUUCUUCAAAUAUCGUUAGGAUGAGAGUUCUUUCUUUUAGUUGAUUCUUUUAUUUAAAUGAAAUUAUUAGACGGUACUAAUCGGUAAUUUUAAGACACAAAAACUCGAUAGAACACCGUGGACUCUAUUGGAGAAUUUUAAUCGGAUUAUUUUAGGGAAAAUACACAUCGCAAGCCGAAAUUGUUUUCUUUGUAUGGCAAGUGUAAAGUAGCUUAAUACAAAGGGGGAAACAAAGAUUAGUGCAACAACACAAAAAAAAAUAACAAUGUUCGAGAGAUGGUAAGUAAGCGGAAACUUAGAUGAGAUAUAAAAAUAUGCAUAUAUUUUAAAAAUGAAAGAGACGAAAACAAUAGAGAAGGAAACCAUUAGGGAUAGCGUGAGAGGAGAAGGCACGGUAUCGAGUGAGGAAGCAAAAGUAGCAUCCCGUGCAUUUAAAAAUUGUGCUGAAUGCUCGUAGUUCAAUAAAAAUCCAUUUAUUUUUAACAAAACAAAAUUG